GAUCAUCACUCGGUUAAAAUCGCUUGUUCGCCCGCUCAGUCGAGUCAGUACCUCUCCGCCACUCGGUACGUGAACGACAACGACAACGGCGGCGACGUUCCGUGCGCUCUGUCUACUACUCUGCGCAGACGAGGGAGGGAUCGCCUCUCGAUUUCUUGAGUGUUGCUGCAGAUCUAAACUAACUUUGACACAGUCGAUUGAUUGUUGAAAAUUACAUUGUGCAAUGAUGCAUGUGCCUCUGCUUGGCCAUCACCCCAAGUGUUACAGUGUCGACAACAAGUGCUAUUGCGCGAGUGGUCAGCCACUGCAGCUACCCCCGGAAAAUGCUUACCAGGCCAAAUAUGCUGGACAUGACAUUAAGUGUUUUUUGUAUGAUGACAAGUGCUAUUGUGUCAGCAAGCAGCCGUACCAUUUGCCACCCCCGUCGGCUGCCCCUCCACAAGGACCACAACAGCAACAGCAGCAACAAAUGAAACCUUAUGUUCCUCCUGCCCAGGUUAGCAGUCAGCCAAUGCAUGAUCCAAGACAGGCUCAGGCCUUGGGUGGAAGGCCGCCUGGAAUGAUAGAUCCAAGACAGGCUCAAGCCAUGGCAGCAGGAUUAAGGCCUCCUGGAACAGUAGACCCAAGACAGGCUCAAGCCAUGGCUGCAGGUGGAAGGCCACCUGGAAUGGUGGAUCCAAGACAGGCUCAAGCCAUGGCUGCAGGUGGAAGGCCACCUGGUAUGGUGGAUCCAAGACAGGCUCAAGCCAUGGCUGCAGGUGGAAGGCCACCUGGAAUGGUGGAUCCAAGACAGGCUCAAGCCAUGGCUGCUGCUGGAGGACAUCCUGGAAUGAUGGACCCAAGACAAGCUCAAGCCAUGGCUGCAGGUGGAAGACCUCCAGGAAUGAUAGAUCCAAGACAGGCUCAAGCCAUGGCUGCAGGAGGACAUCCAGGAAUGAUGGACCCAAGACAGGCUCAAGCCAUGGCUGCAGGUGUAAAGCCUCCAGGAAUGGUAGAUCCAAGACAUGUUCAGGCCAUGGCUGCAGGAUUAAGGCCUCCUGGAACAGUAGAUCCAAGACAGGCUCAAGCCAUGACUGCAGGUGGAGUGCCUCAAAGAAUGGUUGACCCAAGACAGGCUCAAGCUAUGGCUGCAGGUGUAAGACCUCCAGGAAUGGUGGACCCAAGACAGCUGCAAGCUAUGGCUGCAGGUGUAAGACCUCCAGGAAUGGUGGACCCAAGACAGCUGCAAGCUAUGGCAGCAGGUGGACUGCCUCCAAGAAUGAUGGACCCAAGAUUGGCUCAAGCUAUGGCUGCAGGAGGAGGACAUCCGGGAAUGAUGGACCCAAGAUUGGCUCAAGCUAUGGCUGCAGGAGGAGGACAUCCGGGAAUGAUGGACCCAAGACUGGCUCAAGCCAUGGCUGCAGGCAGCGGCCAUCCAAGAAUGAUGGACCCAAGACUGGCUCAAGCCAUCGCUGCAGGAGGGGGUCCCCCAAGCAUGGUAGACAUGAAACAGACUCAAGCAAACGCUGUAAGUGACUCUUCAAAAAUGGUUGACCCAAAACAAACUCAGGCCAUAGCUACAGGUGGUGGAGCUCCUACAGGAAUAGCUGAAAACCAACAGUCUCAGGCUGCUGUUGUUGCAGGAAAUCCUCCAAGUCCCGGACAGACAGCAGGAGUACCACCAAAGAUGGUUGACCCAGGAAAUAUUCAGGCCAUGGCUGCCAAGGUAAUCGUGGCUGACCCAAGUCAGGCUCAGGCCAUGAAUGCAGGUGGCUCAGAAAAAGCCAACUCGUCAAUGGAUUCUAAAGAGAUUCAUCACAUACCUAAAGAAGUACCUCCAAAUUUGGUUGACCCACAGCAUCCCCUCCACACACCAACAAGUGCUGCCAUGUCACCUAAUGCUGACCACAGACUUACGCAAGCUGUAGCAGCCAGUAGAGUUCAGCAACCACAAGAUGUUUCUCAGACUGAUGGUAUGAUGAAAACUGGCAUCCAUCAGUCACAACAAUUUUCUCAGCAGCAAAUUCCACAUGUGGAGGGGAAUCCUAGUCUAGCACAGAUCAUGGCACUGAAGGGCAUCCAAUUAUCGCAACCUGGAAGCCCAGGCAAAAUUGACCCGCGACUAGCACAGCUUCUAGCGUCAAGAAAUGGUCAGCAGUCAAACAGUCUUCAAGUUCCCCCAGGUUGUGCAGAGAAAGCGGAAAAAUCGACACAUGAGAUGCAAAACAUAGACGAUGCUGGCUGUGAUGAGCUGAGCAGAUCAGAGCAGAAUUCUCCCAGGGAAACCACAGAUCUGCAACCAGAAGAUACGCAGCCAGGGGAAAAAAAACUACCAACUAACCCAGACCUUUCUCUUCAGUCACUUUCGUUGGGGACUGAUGAAGAGAAGUUGAGCGUUAUGCAGACCAGUGGACCCUUGAGUGACGUUGCGAGAGAGAAUUGCUGUAAAGCGUAGUGAUAAACCGUGCUAAGUCAUUAUGCAUCUCUAGUCACUGCAUUGUGUUAGUCAGGCACUAUGGAGGCUUGUUCCUAUAGACUGUGAUAUUCCGCAGUGACCCAGCGUCUGUUUACAAAGUUGGCAUUUUUGGGGCUGUUACUGUGAAUCAAGAGUGGCAUUGUUGAAGCUUAGAAAGUGAUAAUGAUUGAUUUUGUUUUUAGAGAUUAUAAAAUGUUAUGCUUUGGUUCUAGUAUAUAUAUUUUGGAUUCAUCAUGCUGUUGUUUGGGUCAAAGUUUGUUCAAUCUGCAUUUAAAGGAUAUGGUUACUGUUGCUUAUGUCAAUUUAGCAAACAUUGCAUUUGAAUAUCUUUUCUGUUGCAGUUUCAAAUUAAGAGGCUAUUCAAUGCUGAUAUUGUCAAGUUGUAAAAAAAUUCCUUGUUUAACAAAUUGGUACUUAAAUUUUGCAGUCUAAGUUAUGCAUUGAUAGAGAUAUGCAAAAUUAUUUGAAAAAAGAUUUAUAUUUCCUGCAAAAUAUGGCUAUUUUAUUUGUUGUAUUUACUGUACAGUGAAUGUUACUCAAUAGAAAAUGUUGUAUGGGUUCAUUCAACGAAAAAUUGAUGUUCAGCUAUUUUGUUAAUGCAUUUUGCUUGUUUCUAUAUUUUGCAAUCUGUAUUGUAACCAUUGCAGAAAUUAUGCUUGAAGAAAAUUACGCAAAAAUUGUUCCUGAUAUUUAUUUUAUUUGCAAUAUUUUUCCUCAUUGCAUAAUCAUUGUUUAUGUUAAAUGAUCAUCAGAUUAUAAAGUGACAAAUAAAUAUAGAAAAAGGUU